AGAAGAAACUGCAUCAUCAAAAGUUAUCGCGCGCGCGCUCCGAAAAGGCUGGACCGCGCCGACGCUCUUUCCUUUUCUUGUCUCCUCUAUCCCGCGACCGCGUCGUAUCGGCCGAUGCCACCGAUCGUCUCUCUUUCUCUCGUGUCUUACGCGAAAUUGGAGUUGUAACGACCGUUGGAAGUUAUCAUUUUCAAUUUCAAAGUGGGCCCUCGAGUGUUGCACAGCAGUUGAAAAUGCACCUGUGUGCCCAAUCGGAAAAUUGUACACCUGGCACGUCCGGAUAGGCAUUUAAUGUUUCCAGUGGUUAGAGAUUUUCGCCGAUGCUCGUUGCAGCAGCUGUGUUGCGCGUAUUGUUAUUGUCAAAUUGCAAUUGUUACCAAAGACACUUGUUGCACGCGCCAUGCAGGCCCAACCACGUAAACGAAUGCGCCUGGAUAACGGUUGCAAUAAUAACGUAAACAGUCCAGAGAUAAAAGAAACGGAAUCAUGGUCAUGUUCUGGAGAUACAAGUCUGAUAGAGCCAGAGAUGCUAGAGGAUAUGGGUGUAGGUAUGCUUGUUGAUGGAGAAGCCAGCAGAGACAGUCUUAAAACAUUACAGACACAAGAAUGCACGAUUCCACCAAAAAAAUUUGAAGCAGAGAGAUGUCUGAAAAAUGUUGACUCUAUGUAUGGAUCACAAGAAUCGCAUAAAAGUGCAAGCUUUGAAGUACUGAAAUCCUUAGAUGUAGACAGGUUGGAUGCAUUUGAAACUAAUGAAGUAAAUUUUUCAUCAACAAAUGAGUCAGGGUACUCCUCUAGAAUAGAAAGUGAAAAUUUCUCAGAAUGUAAAGAAAACUUUACCACUUGUUCAAAUGAUGCUACAGACAAAACCUGCACAGAUUCUUAUUUAUUGUACAAAAGAAAAAAGAAAAAAUCUAUUGUUGGAGAAGAUAAAUUCAAUAUAGUUUCAGAUGAAAUAAUUCUAAUGAUAUUCAAAUGGCUUCCAAAGAAAAGUCUAGUUCGUUCCAUGUCUGUGUGCAAACGGUGGCAUCAAAUAGCUCGUGACGAAGUUUUGUGGACGAGACUUGAUCUCGGUGGCAAAAUUUUGGGAGAAGGCGCUCUAGGACACAUUAUACCUCGAGGCGUCCAGAUUCUAAGAUUAGCAAAAGCUGAAGUCGAGUAUCCGGCUUUCUUCGAAAAUAGCGAUUUUUUCAUGGAGAAUUAUGUUAGCCGACUCCAAUAUUUAGAUUUAUCAAUGGCAGUCAUCUUUCCAGAAGACUUAGCGUGUUUGUUUUCUAAAUGUAAAUACUUGAAAAAACUGUCCUUGGAAAAGUGUACCGUGAACCAAUCUUGUUGUGAAAACAUCUGUAAGAACAAAGAUAUGGAGGUUCUUAAUUUGACUAUGUGCGAAGGAUUGAACUUGGACUGCGUGAAAUAUAUUACUAAUUUGUCAAAAUUAUCAUCUCUCAGCAUCGCGUGGUGUGGUUUAGGUUCAGAAUCAAUGGAUUAUUUGUGUAAAUACUUACCAUCUUCCGUCACAAGAUUAAACAUUGCUGGUUGUAAACAAGCCUUGACUGAUGAGAAUCUUAAAGACUUAGUUAAAAAGUGUCCAGGACUGGUGGAACUCGACUUAAGUGACUGCUCAAGGCUCACGGAAAAUGCAAUUCAUGCUGUUAGUACCUUGGAAAAACUGGAACAUCUCUCAUUCAGUCGUUGUUAUAGUAUUCCUACUCCGAUGCAUUGCAAAUUGCCGCUGAUGCCAAAUUUACGGUCCCUUGAUAUAUUUGGACUUCUAUCCGAGGAUUUACUCAAGGCUUUUCGAUCCAAAUACAGCAAUGUUGAGCUCAAUAAGUUCAUGUUUAGUUCUGUGGCGAGACCUACUGUUCGCGAUAAGCGGACCAGUAUUUGGGGUCUGCGAGUUAGAGAUUAGACUAUGAAUUUAAAAAAUAAUUUUAAAUAAGUUUGAGGUCGUUACACCUCAAAUACAUACCAAUGAUUGUUUUUUUUUUUUUUUUACGAUUUAGACUGAUGAUAAUCAUUUGUUCAAAUAAAGAUGAACAUGUGUAAAGUUGAUACUCGUAGCUGCAUUUAUUGCUAGGUAUGUUAAUUGUAUUUACAACUGCAUAUCGGAAUAGAUCAAGCAAAAGUUUGUCAGUGUUCUUAUAGACGUAAAUCUACUGUGAACACUGCAAAGGCAAUUUCGGAUCUAUUCAGUAAAGGAAGUAAAGUUGCAUUUUUUGUGAAAUAAAAGCGAUUAGACGUUCAAUUUCAUGGCUUACUGUUUACCAGACACUAUUAGUGUCAUUUGAAUUAAAUUAUAAUAGUUGAACUUAAAGUAAUUGAGUCUAAUCAAAUGAAUGAGAAACUUUUUGAAACAAAUCUCUAUAUUUCUUACUAUGAGUACUUGCCAUCAAUUGCACAUAGUCAAAGGUUGAGUCGUUAAUUUUCAGUAAUUAUAAACGAAUUGUUGGCGAUGAAGCGACUUAUAGAUCAAAUAAAACUAUUCUUAUUAUUCCUGUGUACAUAUAAAAAAUAAUGGUCACUUUGACAAAAAAAAGCAUUAACGCUUGAUUAUUUCAAGGCUGUGUGUCGUAAAACAUUACUAAUGCUGCUUGAGGGUGAACUUCGUGAUAUAACUACAAUCCUAAUUAUGAUGAACGAAUUUUCGUCAAGUAAUUUGUUUAGGUCAAAAUGAUUGUUAAAUUGAAAACUUUUCUUAACAAAAACUAGGAACUUAAUUUUGCCCAAAACAUCACAUGGAUAAUUUGGUUGUGGUAUGUGUGUUAAAAUUUACCGUUAUACUUAUAAGUUGCAUUUCAACACUAACAACAGUAUUCUUUUAUGUAUGAUGGAGAAAAUAGGUGAAAUUACAUGAACUGUAUAUUAUCUGUUUUACAAAAAGAUAAAAUAAACAUUUUUAUUUAUGA